UCCUCAACAGUGCCACUUUCAAGAUGUUCAAUCCUAAAAUGAAUUCAACAGACUAUGACGAUGAUGAGCAUCUCCGUGAAGCGGAGGACAAUUUCUCCAUCCUCAUGGGUGUCCUGCACAUCUUGACCAUCCUCGUGACGACCCUCGGAAAUAUUCUAGUAAUCACCGUUAUCAUUAAGUCCCACAAGCUCCACACUAUCACCAGUGGCUUCCUCCUUAAUCUCGCCAUUGCAGACCUCGCUGCUGGGUUGUUCCUCGUCCCGUUCGCCGCAAGCACUAGUCUUAACCUGGAGUGGCUCUACACCCGUGCCUCCUGUACAUUCCUCGGUUUCCUCUACACCGUCUUAUGUUUCGUAUCGACAUGGACGCUCGCGAGCAUCAGCGUCGAGCGUUUCAUCGCCGUCAACAAUCCAUUAAAGUACCAUCAGAUGAUCAACAAAAGACGCGUCAUUAUUGUGAUUGUUUUAAUCUGGACCUGCGCGAUGAUCAACGCUUCUUUUGCCUUCGCGGAACAAGAGGCAUAUGUGUAUCUCCCGCAAUAUACCUUCUGUCUACUCAACUACCGGGAUAGGAUAGCGACUGCGAUCAUUAUACCGAUUAUAGCGAUCUUUAUUCCGUUCUGUUUGAUGUGCUAUACGUACAUGUCGAUUGGACGGAUAGCAUGUUCGCACGCUAAGAGGAAGGUCGUGGAGUGCAAUAAGGAUCAUUGUAUGUUUGUGGCUCCGAAGACCAAGGACUAUCGAGCUGCUAGGAUAUUAGCGGUCAUGGCAGGUGUGUUCCUGGUCUGUUGGAUACCAUUCACCAUCCUCAGCCUAUGGCAAGCAAGCACCGAGGUCAACUUUCCAUUUUUCCUGACGGCAACCUCAAUAUGGUUAACGUUCCUAAGCUCCGCCAUCAACCCCUGGCUGUACUCCAUUCUCAAUAGAGCAUUCAGACAAGCCAUGAAGAGUCAGGGUGUAAGACUCCUGCAGAAACUCCACAUUCUGAAAACCGACGACGCCAUGGACAUUUUGGAGAACACGAGUAGGGGGCCAAGCAACUUCCACGCAACGAAUCAGAGAGCGAGCGCCCUCAAGAAGAAGACCUUGACUAUGCGCGAAAGUCAGAAGAGGUCGAGCAAUAAUAAUGCCGAAGUGGAUAAAGAUAAAGAUGCGACAGAGGGUGAAUGUAGCGCCAACCAAAAUGAGAUGUUAGUCGAGUCUAUGCCAGGCAGACUAAUCGCUUCAUGAUAGUGUUGAAUAAAUAAUAAACACAAGACGUUGCUGGAGUGGAUGACUAUAAACUUUUGGACCGCAUUCCCACUGGAUCCACAGUUGCGGGAUCAGGAGAUUAGUUGAAUCGUGGUCGCGUUCCCACUUGAGUACGAUCGCGCAUUGAUCCCCCUUUUUGGGAACGGAAGUGGGUUCAAAAAAACACUGUUUUGCUAGCAAAUUGCGGGGUCUGAUCCCCCUUUGCGUUCCCAAGACUUUUGACCGCCCAUUAAUCCACAAGGGCGAACAGAUCCCGCUUUAAUCCUACUCCCGAGGUGGAUCAAAAUUGCACGGUCAGAUCCUGAUUGCCCUCGCGUUCCCACUGGAGCUUAUUUCUCUUCGAGCUCCCUUUGAUCGCUCUUUCGGGGUCUUGAUUGCCUUUUCUAGAAUUGGGAGAUCAAUGCGGGGUCCAGUGGGAACGGGGUCUUGGAGUGCUACGGUUGCCUGCGGCUGGUUCAUCACAGUAAAUACAGCUGCCCUUAGCCAUACUACAUGUAGCAGCAGCCGAUGAUAAUAAGGAAUUAUUUCAGGGACAAUGCACUCCAAAAAUUGUUUAAGGACGGCUUUCUUUAAUGUAGUAUGGGUUUUCAUUUGGUUUCUGUUUCUCAAAAAUUGUACAAUCUUCACACCAUGUACGUGUACAGAAGGCGAUCAGUCUCAGAGCAUACUGAUCGAAACGUCGAGUUGAAACCAAUGGUUCUUUUCAGAACCACCCCCAACUCAUUA